GCAGUCACAGAGCCAGGAGGCGGAGGGCAGCCUGGGCCCAGCCCACACCCCUCACCAGGAGGCACCAUGUGGCAAUGUCCACUGGGGCUGCUGCUGUUGUUUCUGCUGACUGGCCAGGUAGCCCUGGGUGCCCGGCGAGGCCGCUGGCGCCGGGAGUUGGCACCAGGGCUGCACCUGAGUGGCAUCCGGGACGCGGAUGGCCAGUACUGCAAGAAGCAGGGCCUGUGCUGCACUGGCCGCUUUGAUGACUGCUCCCUGCCCUACCUGGGGGCCACCUGUUACUGUGACUCCUUCUGCAACCGCAAUGUCUCUGACUGCUGCCCUGACUACUGGGACACCUGCCUUGGCGUGCCACCUCCUUUCCCCCCACUCCAAGGAUGUAUGCAUGGGGAUCGCAUCUACCCAGUCUUUGGGACGUACUGGGACAACUGUAAUCGUUGUACCUGCCAGGAGAAAGGGCAGUGGGAGUGUGACCAGGAGCCAUGCCUCGUGGACCUGGACAUGAUCACCGCCAUCAACCAGGGUGACUACGGGUGGCAGGCUGGGAACCACAGCGCCUUCUGGGGUAUGACACUGGACGAGGGCAUUCGCUACCGCCUGGGUACCAUCCGCCCAUCUUCCUUUGUCAUGAACAUGAAUGAGAUUUAUACCAUGCUGGCCCCAGGGGAGGUGCUGCCCACAACUUUCGAGGCUUCUGAGAAGUGGCCCAACCUGAUCCAUGAGCCACUUGACCAGGGCAACUGUGCGGGCUCCUGGGCCUUCUCCACAGCAGCUGUGGCAUCUGAUCGAGUCUCAAUCCACUCUAUGGGACACAUGACGCCUGUCCUGUCACCCCAGAACCUGCUGUCUUGUGAUACCCACCACCAGCAGGGGUGUCGUGGUGGGCACCUUGAUGGUGCCUGGUGGUUCCUGCGCCGUCGAGGGGUUGUAUCUGACCACUGCUAUCCGUUCUCGGGUCAUGAGCAGGAGGAGGCUGGCCCAGCACCCCGCUGCAUGAUGCAUAGCCGGGCCAUGGGCCGGGGGAAGCGCCAGGCCACUCAGCGCUGCCCCAACAGCCGCACUGAUGCUAACGACAUCUACCAGGUCACUCCUGCCUACCGUCUGGGUUCCAAUGAGAAAGAGAUCAUGAAGGAGCUGAUGGAGAAUGGUCCGGUCCAAGCACUCAUGGAGGUGCAUGAGGAUUUCUUCCUGUACAAGAGCGGCAUCUACAGCCACACACCCUUGAGCACGGUGAGGCCAGAGCAGUACCGGCGGCACGGGACCCACUCGGUCAAGAUCACAGGGUGGGGUGAGGAGAUCCUGCCUGAUGGAAGGACACUCAAAUACUGGACUGCAGCCAACUCGUGGGGCCCAUCCUGGGGUGAGAGGGGCCACUUCCGCAUCCUCCGCGGCAGCAACGAGUGUGACAUCGAGAGUUUUGUGCUGGGGGUUUGGGGCCGUGUGGGCAUGGAGGACAUGGGUCAUCGCUGAGGUCGUGGGCACUAGGCCAAGCCAGGCCUGGCUGGUGGUCUCAGGAGACAGUGGCGGUGGAAGAGCCCCUGGGUGGGGCACCCAGGGGGCAGACAGAGCCUGGGGUGCAGGCGGCGCCGACUCUAAUCCCUCGGAUCCGCUGACACAGCGCCAGGCUUGGGAGCUGGCCUGGGAGUAGGGCAGGCGAGGCUGGAGGCUGGCGGAGCUCUCAGACUUCACGGUGAGGAUGCAGCAGGGCCUGCCCAGGGAGGAGGGAGCCUGCAGAUCCCUGGGCCCCCAGCCAAAGAUCAUGGAAUCCAGACACCCCCAACCUCCAGGUCCAUGCCCUCACCCCACUCCUGUAUUCUUAUUCUUAAAAGAUAUUUAUUUUUCUUUUCACUGUCUUAAAAUAAAACCAAAGUAUUGAUAACUACA